AGAAUCUGCCAAUAAUGAGCUACAGAAGAAGAGCACUUUGAGCUGUGUCGGGACAGUUUCAUACGCAUGUUUAUCACAACAUAGCCUAGCAUAACUUCAUGCUAUUCCUUUUUCAUUAUUCCUCGAAUUUCCGUAUAUAUUAAGAUAAAAUGCCACCAAAGGGAAAAGGUGGCAAGGGGGGUAAAGGAGCUGCUUCAGGAAGUACAGAGGCUGAAAAGAAAGAAAAAGCACCCAAAGGAGGCAAUGCUGUGAAGGUUCGGCACAUCCUUUGUGAAAAACAUGGAAAAUGCAUGGAGGCAAUGGAGAAACUGAAGGCUGGAGUGCGAUUCAGCGAAGUAGCAUCACAGUACAGUGAAGACAAAGCUAGACAAGGAGGUGACCUGGGGUGGAUGACCCGAGGAUCGAUGGUUGGUCCUUUCCAGGAUGCAGCAUUUGCCCUACCUGUCAGUUCCAUGGAUAAACCUGUCUACACAGACCCUCCUGUCAAGACAAAGUAUGGGUACCACAUCAUUAUGGUAGAAGGGAAAAAGUGAAGUGGGAUGGCCUAACAUUUUAAAAUAUAACAUACCAAUUUCACAAUUUGCUGUAUUUAUGAGCCUAAUUUCCUGAUUUUGUGUUUUCGUUCAAUGUUUGGUUAAUGUUUUGCUAAAUGUUUAAGAGUAGGAAAACAUGAUCCUCGUCUGUCAGGGUUGUUUUUGUUAAAUCCAUGCUACCAUACUGAUAAUUCAGCUAUUUUACAAGUUAUUGACAUUCUCAUAAUUCUCUGGAUUUUCCUUUUCAAUUUGAUAAAGUCUGUGAACUCCAACC